AUGGAUAAGUCCGAGAAGCAAGAGUUCGAGGACGUCGGCGUUGAUCCGGUCCGCGACUCGGAGAGCAAUGCCAAGCCCAUGACGCUUCAGGACAGUGAAGAGGACUUUGGCUUUACGCCUGAGGAGCAGCGCAAGAUUUUGUGGAAGGUCGAUAGACGCUUGGUCGUCACUGUUGGAGCUAUGUAUUGUGUAUCGUUGAUGGAUCGCACCAAUCUUUCGGCCGCGAAUAUCGCAGGUAUGGGCGUUGAGCUGCAGCUUAUCAACAACCGCUAUAAUAUCGCCAACCUCGUCUUCUUCACCACAUACAUCGUUUUCCAACCUCCUUCCACCAUCCUCAUUCGCAAAGUCGGGCCUCGUCUGCACCUCGCCUUCAUCACACUGUUGUGGGGAGCUGUCAUGAUUGGCAUGGGCUUUGUCCAGAAUUUCGGCCAGCUCGCGGCCAUGAGGACGGUCCUAGGCGUCUUGGAAGCAGGAUUCUUCCCUUCUUGUGUGUAUUUGCUUUCUACCUGGUACACCCGCUACGAAGUUGGAAAGCGAUAUUCCAUGUUUUAUCUCCUAGGCUGUGUCGCUUCCGCCUUUGCCGGCAUUCUCGCCUACGGUCUUAUGCAACUCAACGGUCGAGAGGGCCUCACCGGCUGGCGCUGGAUCUUCAUCAUCGAAGGCACCCUCACCUGCGUCCUGGGCAUCGCCGGCUACUGGCUCCUCGUCGACUUUCCCGACUCCAAGCGCCUGACGUGGAAUUUCCUUGGCCAGCGUGAGCUCGACUGGAUCGUCCAUCGCAUUCAGCGUGACCGAGGCGACUCAAAGGUCCCAAAGUUCAAUCUGCGAAAGUUCCUUGGCGCUGGAACUGAUUGGAAAAUCUGGGCCUAUGCUCUAAUUUUCGGAUUUUCGACCACCAUCACCUAUUCUUUGGCCUUUACCCUUCCUUUGAUCUUGAGACAAAGCCUUAAAUUCUCCGUCGGAGCGUCUCAGUGUCUCGUUGCUCCCCCAUAUGUGUUGGCAGGUAUUGUCAUGUUCUCAGGUGCCUGGGUGGGUGAUAAGCUGCGUCUCCGUGGUCCCAUUGUCAUCUUCAACAUGGUGCUCUGCCUCAUUGGACUACCCAUUAUGGGUUGGGCUCCGAGUCCCGGCGUUCGUUAUUUCGGCGUCUUCCUCGUCACGGCCGGUGCCAAUGCCAAUAUUCCCGCUGCCAUGUCGCUGCAGGCGAAUAACGUCCGUGGACAGUGGAAGCGUGCCUUUUGCAGUGCGACGCUCGUUGGGUUUGGUGGCCUCGGAGGCAUUGCUGGUAGUUUGGUCUUUCGCGAAAAGGAUGCAUUGACAGGCUAUAAGCCAGGUUUGUAUGCAUCUAUUGCUUGUGCUUUGUUGAAUAUUAUCCUUGUUUUGUUGCUCGAUCUUGGGUUUUGGAGGGCGAACAGCAAGGCAGACAAGGAUGGUCUUCUGCUUGAAGCUCAUGAUGAGGAUGCUACACCUGAUUUCCGAUACACGUACUGA